CGAAUGUUGUGAUCAACAAUAUGUGGUAACUGGCAUGCAGAGAGCACUGCAAUGUGUAUAUAAUACCAAGUGACACAUUGGAACGUGGAGACUCACCGGGGGGCGUUCUAGAACGAGAGGCCAGACGAGAGACCAUUGGCAUCACUUGUGUUAAACGGACAUAACUAGAUAAACUAGCAAGUCCGUACAUGUUUAACACAAAGAUGAAAGCCCACGUCGUGGGGCAAAUUGGUGCAUUAGCAGUAAUUUGCGGUAUUCUCUUGAAGGGCAGCAUGGGUCAAGCGGUCAACCCGAUUGUGGUCCCAGCCCCAUCUGGCUGUGAACCCAUUGACUUAAUGAUCGUAUUGGACACUAGUUGUUCAAUUGCUCCUCAAGACAAAAUAACAAUAAGAGAGUGGAUACUGUAUCUGGUCAGUGGCUUUAACAUAGGGCAAGGACCAAUGCAAACACGUGUGGCAGUAAUUGCAUAUGACAAAGGCUACAGGCACACCAUGUUUCUUUAUGAGGCAACCAGUUUGGAUGUAACGCUUCAACGAAUAUCACAAAUGGGACUAAAGCAAACAGGGUGUCGAACUCGCACAGAUACGGCGCUUCAGGUUGCUAGGGAGAUUUAUUUUACCCCGAACGAAGGCGCCAGGCCAGGUGUUGCAAAGCGGCUUGUUCUUAUUUCUGAUGGAACGACACGCCCUUUUGACAAAAAGAGUGAAACGCUGAGGCAGGCCGAUGAAUUACGGAAAAUGGGUGUAAGGAUCGUGGUGAUGUCAUUGGUUAACUCCUAUAAACCUGAGUCUGAUAUUGAAAAGGAAAUCGAGUUUAAUCAGAUCACGGGUGGUCGAGGUUUUAACAUCAUCGAUACAAAUAACUUCGGUAGUUUACUGGGUCCCCAAGGUCCGUUGCCAAGCCUUAUUAAUGCAAUAUGCGCGAGGGAAGAUGGUGCUGGCAAUACAGUUAACCCGGCUGGUGUUACCACUACACAAGCACCUAUUAUUACCAACCCUCCUGUGAUUAUAACUACACAAGCACCUUUUAUUACUAACCCUCCUGCGACUACUAUUAAUCCGUUCCAAACAACUACUGUGCGUGGCGACCCUCAUGUUUCUUGCGUGCUACCUUCCGGUGACCGUAUCUGCUUUGACGCAUAUGGCGACCCUGGGAAAACAUAUCUGUUCUUUGAUGAUAAACUUAGUCGUACGAAGGUGUUGGCAACAUUUGUAUCUGUUGAGGCGUCUACAUCCAGUAAAGACUUGCUGUUCGUAGAUACGGUGUAUAUUCAAAGCCAAAGCAUCAACAUCAUUGCGACCAUCUCUGGCACCUCCAUUCUGGAUCACGAGACUGGUCGAGAAACAAAGCUUUCAUGGUUGAAGUCGCAUACGUCUAAACAUACUUUCGGGAAUGUAAAGGCAGAAAUCGAAAACAGGUAUUUGUGGAUUGAGAGCCCUGAAUUUGGCAGAGUCGCCGUUAUGAAGUACAACAACCAUCUUGAUUUUGACCUUGCCUAUGAUAAGUCCGUCGUCGCAGGUGGUUUUGUAGGAGAUAUCUGUUCCUCCGCUUUUACCAAGGCCAGCAUGCCAACCAACAAGCCAUUGAAGUUUAACAGCAAACACUUCUUUACGGGAAAUCAUGAAAUUAAAAAUGGAGUCCUUACUGCAAAUGGUGUCAGCGUUGAUCUCACCAUGAGGAAAGGAUGCUACAAACCAGUGUCUGAUACAUCUAAAGAAGGCAUAAAUAGAAUCCUCGAAGAUUACUUAACAGACGACGAUGAUCUGGAAAUAAUGUUCCAAGCCAUUUAAACGCAAGACAAAACAAGACUCUGCCAGUGAUUAGCACUCCGAGAAAUCUCGUCUCACAGUCAGGAUAUACUAGAAUUUUUAAUAAGUAUUUAUUUGAUAUAAACUGCAUACUCAGUGAAACUCAAGACUCAUUUUGAGCGGCCUCGUAUUGCUAAAAGAAGUAUCCAUAGUAAUAGCGACAAGCCCCUAUCCGGGUUGCUAUUGCAAUUAUCGUCACUGUAAUGGCGCACGAUAUAAAAUUAUAUACGCACAAUAGUCGAGUCAUAGAAAUUUGUGCAGGAUAUUUAGGCUGGUUGGAAUCCAAUAACAAUAAGGAUAUACUUGAUAUUCUACCGUGUACCGAGAUUUCUCGGGAUAAACUAGAAACGACUAGAUGUUUAUCAAAAUAAUAUUGAGAGAAAAGCUUUUGUUAUAGUACUCAAAUAUAUAUCAUUAUUGUAUUUGACGACGCCCAAUUUGGGCUGAACAGAGAAAUACUUAACUCGUAACUAUGACGACGACCAACUUGGUCUGAUUACGUGUGUUUAAAACACUGUAUUGGUACUAGGACCAGUCCUGUUACUUUUGGAACA